AUGUCGUCUUCCGUCCCUUACGAUCCAUAUAUCCCUAACCAGACUACUGGAGACCAAUCGCAGUCGAGAACUGCGGCCAUCCAGGCACAAAUCGACGACACCGUCGGAAUCAUGAGAGACAACAUCAACAAAGUCGCCGAAAGAGGUGAAAGAUUGGACUCCAUAGAAAACAAGACCGACAACUUGGCCAUCAGUGCACAAGGGUUCAGAAGAGGCGCCAAUAGAGUCAGAAAAGACAUGUGGUGGAAGGACUUCAAGAUGAGAUUGUGUAUUAUCUUGGGAGUUAUUAUCGUAUUGAUUGUCAUCAUUGUGCCCAUUGCUGUCCACUUCAGCUAG